CUUGGAUCUUUCAUAGUCGCAUGUCACGCAAACUCCUCAUGUUCACCACACAUGAACUGCCAACAAUGGGCGCUUCUGGCGCGUUGUCGCUGCUCAGCACCCCGGCAUACCCUCUGCCAGGCGCCGUAGGCAAUGACAACGCCGGAUUAUCACGACGUCCGCCGCGUGCCAAGCAGAAUUCGGAACCUCCGUCAGUCUCUGGCGGCCGGCCACGCUCUAGCAAGUCCUUCACAACGAGGCGCAGCCGUCCGAGACCAAGACCAUGGCUCUUCCGCCGUACCUGGGCCCUGCCGCUGGUUCUGAUGCUCGCCUUCGUCUCGCUGUAUGCCCUCAACCCGAGCGAGUCCAACGUCCUUCACCGCUUUCUCUUUCUCUCCUACAGGCUCGACGAUGACCAACACGGCCACCGGUACGGCAAGGGGCCUUGGGACCUCGCCUUCGUGUGCUUCUACACCGUCGUCCUCUCCUUCGCGCGCGAGUUCGUCAUGCACGAGGUGCUGCGGCCGCUUGCCCGGCGCGGCGGCAUCCGUUCGCGCGGCAAGCAGGUGCGCUUCAUGGAGCAGAUGUACACGGUGUGCUAUAUCGCCUUCAUCGGACCCCUCGGACUGUACACGAUGCGCCAGACGCCCGGGCUAUGGUACUUCGAGACGCGCGGCAUGUACGAGGGGUUCCCGCACACGACGCACGCGGCCGUCUUCAAGUUCUACUACCUGUUCCAGGCGGCCUUCUGGGUGCAGCAGGCCAUCGUCAUGCUGCUGGGCCAGGAGAAGCGCCGCAAGGACUUCCGGGAGCUGGUCGCGCACCACAUCAUCACCAUCGCGCUGAUCGGGCUGAGCUACCGCUUCCACUUUACAUACAUGGGCAUUGCCGUGUACAUCACGCACGACAUUAGCGAUUUCUUCCUUGCUAUUUCCAAAUCCCUCAACUACCUCUCCCACCAACUGCAGGUGCCCGCCUUCGCGCUCUGCAUCGCCAUGUGGAUCUACCAGCGGCACUACCUGAACCUUUCGAUCCUGCGGUCGGUCGCGACCGAGUUCGCGACGGUGGGGCCGUUCGGGCUCGACUGGCCCGCGCAGCAGUACAAGUGCCGGCUCUCGCAGGCCGUCACGCUCGCGCUGCUCGCCGCCCUGCAGGCGCUCAACCUGUUCUGGCUCGGCUGCCUGCUCCGGUCGGCCUACCGGUUCGUCGCGCUCGGCGUGGCCAGGGAUGAUCGGUCCGAGGGGGAGGAGGAGGACGAGGCGGAGGUGGUGGGCGACGGGCAGGCAAGGGACUCGCGGGCUGGGCUAAGUGAGAGGAGGACGGGGAAGAAGGGUCUUGGGGUGAAGCAGUGCUAGGGACGUUCGGGGCAGAAGUGGACGAGGGAGCACGGCGCGUUGGCACCCCUUUCCAGUACGUCGGAGUUGUUUAGGGGUUUGAAACAUACAAGCUGUUUGCUCGGACAUUGACUGUAUAGUGGGCAACAAAUAUUAAUUGUAAUAGUUCAUCAAAGGAAUUAAACUUGCUGUAGUAGCAAUAGCCUGGAGUGUCUAAACCCCUGUGAACCUGUCGG